GCGAACCCGUAGAUCCAAAUCUAAAGAGUACCCUGCUGAUACUAAAAUUACCUUAUUGGAUACGAAGAUUCCUAGCCUGGAUUAUCAGCCCAAUAGCUAUUCGUCGGUCAAUAACUAUGAGCAACCUGUAUGAAAGGUCUGUAAAAGAACUCUGGAAAGACCACACGGAAAUUGAGGAAUACUGCAGAAAAUUCACUGAAGAAUGGAAACAACUGGAACUGGAUGUACUGCUUUGUCCUACUAUGGGUCCUGCUUUUAAGAGUGGGUCUUCUGGAAGUCUACCAGAGGUCAUUAGUAAUUACAUAUUAUAUAACUUCUUGGACUUCCCUGCUGGGGUGGUACCAGUUACAACAGUGACAAAGGAGGACGAAGAGGAGCUAAAGAAUUUCAAAGGACACUACAAUGAUUUGGGGGACAAACUCUUUGCAAAGGCAGUGAAAGAAUCUGUGGGGCUCCCUGUGGCUGUCCAGUGUGUGGCUCUGCCCUGGCAAGAAGAGCUCUGUCUCCGGCUCAUGAAAGAAGUGGAGAAGCUAACCGGGGAAAAAUCAAGGAAACAAUNAACAAUAAUUAUAGGGUUAAGCUUCACACACUUUUCAUUAAAAUGUUCAGUGCCAUUCUAA